AUGCUGAAAAACCACCAACCGGUAGCUCAGCAUCUUAAGUUCAUCAUUUUAAUCUAUUUUUCUUUCUUCCUUUCUUGUCAUUUUUUUAUUUCUUUCUUUCCAUUUUCUUUCUUCCCUUUUUCUCUCUUUCUUCCUUUCUUUUUAUCUUUCUUUCUUUCCUCAUUCUUUUUUAGUUCUUCCCUUUUUCUUUUCCAUUUUUCUACUAUAUUCAUUUUUCAUUUGUUUUCAUGUUUUUCUUUCCUUUUUCAUUUAUACUUUUUCCAUUUUCCUAUCUUCCCUUUUUUUUAUUUCUUAUUUUUCUUUUCAAUUCUCGCAUUUUUCCUGGUACAUGGCCUCUUUUUUUUUUCCUUCCGUCUUUGCUAUUUUUUAUUUUCAUUUGUUUUUCCUAUUUUUUCGUUUUAUUUGUUUCGUUCUUCAUUUUUUUUCUUGCUUUCUUUUUAUCCUUCUAUUCUUUCGACUUACAUUCUCGUUUUUUUCAGACUCUCUUUUUUAUUUCUUUUUCUCUUUUUAGUUUUUUUUUUUGUUUUUGUUUUUGAAUCGUUGAUACUUUAUCUCUUGUUUUUUGAUUCGUCGCUUUCUUUUUUCUUGAUCUAUUUCUUCUACUCUUUCAUUCCUUCCUUCUGCUUCACUUUCUUUUUCUUUCAUCCUUUUCCUUUUUUCAUUAUUUCUUUUUCCAUUAAUCCUUUUCUUUCCUUUUUCUUGCUUUUUCAUUUUUCAUUGUUCCUAAAUUGA